AUGUCAAAAUGCUGGGACUUUGUCAAGCACCAGUGGUCACCGUAUGGUCCACACCAGGGCUGCUCGGAUUCUACUAAAAACAUCACCAGUAUCUCAGGAAAACUUCUCGGGCUGCGGCCUUCCAACAUACAGACAAAAAAUGUUACUGUUCGAUGGAUGAUGACACAACCUGGCUCAUCUGGAAAAGAAGAGAUCCUGACUUGGAAGAGUCAUGAACACCCAAACUCACCUAAGUUUUCUAAUGGUCUCAACAAUAUAUAUUAUUUUAACACCUCAGAUUUUACUCUUGGCAUCAAGUCAGCUAAGGUGAAAGACAGUGGUCUUUAUGAGCUGGAGAUCACCAAGUUUAGUGGAGCAGUUUGCACUAAGAAAUUCCAGAUUCUUAUACUUGAUAAUGUUAAAAAGCCUCACCUGCACGGCGAGCGGAAGGUCUUGGCAGAUGGGAUGUGUCGACUGUCUCUGUACUGCUCGGUGUCCGAGAAUGACAAUGUGAGCUAUGCUUUGUACAGAGGGAGCGAGCUGAUCUGGAAACUAAGUAACUUCACUGGCCUGGAGAACCAGACUGACAGUAGCAGCCUGCACACUUAUACCUGCGUUGUUAGCAACGAAGUCAGCUCCGCAAGCGACACUCUGAACUUCACCCAGGGCUGUCAGAGUGUCCCUGAAAAAGUCAUAUUUCUGCCCUUUGUGGUGAUCAUCGUUAUUCUAGUCAUACUAUUUCUCGGUGCUGUCACUUGCUUCUGCGUGUGGGAUAAGAAGAGAAAGCAGUCACAGUCUGGCCCUAAUGAAUCUUCAACAAUCUAUGGAUAUGUCAAUGACCCACAAGUCAGGGCGAAUCAAGUAGAGCAUUGUAAGACCUCGAGAUCUCCUUCAGCUGUCCAGGAAAGUGAAAAGGGACAAAGAGAACCAGACAGGUGUCUUUUCGAGGAGCAGAUGCCAGAGCAGAAACCCCCUGGAGAUGGAGGUACCAUCUACUCUAUGAUUCAGUACAAGCCUUCUGAUUCUGCAUCACAAGACAAAUAUACACUAUAUUCAGUAAUCCAGCCUUCCAGGAAGUCUGGAUCCAAGAAGAAGAAACCUCCUUCAAAUUGCACUGUGUAUGAAGAGGUUGGAAAGCAAUGCCUCAAAGCCCGCAACCCUGCCCGACUGAGCCGCAGGGAGCUAGAGAACUUUGAUGUUUAUUCCUAG